AUGGAAGCUUUCAUCAAAUCUUAUGAUGUCAAAGCAUGGCGAGUCAUCAAGAAGGGUGACUUUCCUCUCCUACAUUCCAAAUCAAAAAAGAAACCAGAAGGACAGGUAUCUACUGAAACCCUUGACAUUGAUGAUUAUACUGAUGAGCAUAUAGCGAUCGUGCAGAUAAAUUCAAAGGCAAAAAAUCUAUUAUACAAUGCUAUAAGCGGAGAAGAAUUUGAGAAAAUAUCAAGUUGUGACACAGCCAAAGAAAUGUGGGAUAAACUUGAAGUUACUUAUGAAGGUACCAGUAAAGUAAAAGAGACAAGGAUAAACCGCCUGAUUCGUGAUUAUGAGUUGUUUCAAAUGAAGGAAGAUAAAUCCAUUAAAGACAUACCAUAUUCAAGUGGUGAACAAGUCAGAAAGAUUCUAAGAAGUUUACCCACCUUAUGGCAACCAAACGUUGUUGCUCUUGAAUACGGAGAUCUCGACAAACUAUCAUAUGAUGGACUUCGUGGAGACCUUACAACCUUUGAGCAAACCCAUCUCAAAAAGCAUGAACAUGAAGAGAAGAAAAAGAGCGUUGUUUCUAAAUCAACUAUUGCUGAGUUUGAAAGUAAAGCCGAAGAAGAAGGAGACAAACAUCAAGAUGAUAUUGCAUUAUUUUCUAGAGUUGUCUCUAACACGACGCGAAGAAGCAAGAAAAAUGGAAGAGUCAAUUCAAGUUCUAGAAAAGGUAAUGAAAUAAGUAAGCAGAAAAACAAUGACAGAAAGUGCUACAAAUGCAGAAAUUAUGGUCACAUCCAAGCCAACUGUCCAGAACUAAAAAGGAAACUAUCCAAGGGCAAUCGAAAGAGAAAAUCUUCCAGCGUAUGGAGUGAUGAAUAUAUGCCAGAUAAAAAGCAUAACGGAGUUGCCAACCUUUGUUUCAUGGCACAAAGUGAGACAAGUGAGAAAAGAAAAUCUUUUUGUAUCUGGAGUGAUGAUGAUAUAUCAGACAACGAUCAUGAGGAAUCUACAAGCAACUGCAUCAUGGCCCCAAGUGAAACAAGUGAGGUAAGAUUUCAAGAUUGUGAUAAAUGUAAUGAACUUCAAAGUAUCGUAGAACAGGCUUUAGAAGAUAUGAGAAAAAUUCUUGAUGAGCUCAUGAAGACUAAACGUGAGAAGAAAAACUUGGAGACCCAACUUGAAGAAUAUAACAAUUUGAAAAAGGAAAAGGAAGAGUGGGAUAUUCUACUCGAAGAAUAUCAGGUUGAAAAUGACUUACUUCAAGAAGAAAAUGUGGAACUUCACAAACAAAUGAAUAGUUUGCACAUAUCUUCCCGUCACCAGUUUGAUCGACCGAACAAGCGGGCUCAUUUUCUUAAUAACUCCAAGUUGACUAAUAAGGGAUCUACUAGUAGACGCCCUACUUCAAACAAGUCGACUCAGGAAAGCUUCAAGUCAACUAAGGCACCUGCUGCUAUGGGAAGGGAGAAAAAUCAAUUUUUGGUUAUCUUAUUUCCUUUGGUUGCAACUGUUUUGGAUGGAGAACUUGCAGUUGAUAGCUUGCGAUAA